AUGCGGCCGCAUACGUUCACGGGGUACUGGGGUGCAGUGCGAGAUCGGAUCCCGGGGUCUGGGUGGGAUGCAUUUGAAAAGAGCAGCAAUGAACAGCACAAAGAAGAGAACGGCCAUCGCACAAAUACCCACAACACAAUACAUAUCCGCCCCGGCCAGUUCUGGGCGAACUCUGGCGCCGAAGAGGGCAGCGCGUAUAGCAACACCAUCGAGCCGAAACUGCGGCGCGGGUUGAGGUAUCUAUGGAAACAUCCCAACGAGAAUGGAUCGAUGGGGGCUCGGUAUUUGGUGAAUACGAGGAAUGCCUCAAGUUCGAAUGAUUCGAGUGAAUCCAACGAGUCUCAACCACUCCAAGAAGCAUGCGUUACAGCCUUCUUCCGCAGCAAUGCCCACCUUGAGGCCUGGGUGGUCAAACAGCCGUUCCAUUUGGCAAUCUACGCCGUAGCCAUCCAGCACGCAAAACGAUUCGGGGAUGGAAGUUCCGGACGUGGCCUGAAGUCUCGGUGCUGA